AUGCCUCCGUCCAGAGAGCCCCAAGGAGAAUGCGGGAGUCGGGCACUCCCCCAGAACGCGCAGGCGCUCCUCGAAUCGGAUGUUUGGGAGGAAGAGACAGGUCCUGGCAACACAAACCUUAACGUUCGAAUUAUGAACAUGGCAGAAUCGGGCCGUGGUGACAUUGAAGCCGACGACUUGCAGCGUGUCGUCAACUCCAUCGAGGCGAUGCAGGCUGAGAUGGCUACCAAAGGACUGAGCGUCAAGAAACGGCAAGACUUGGCCAGACUGGUGGACAUUCGCAACAAGCAUGAUAUUCACAGUGCAAUCCAGCCAAACACCAGAACUCUGAAAUGGUCCGAAUUCAAGACGCAGGGCAGAGAGCCCACUCUGGAGGAAGCACUUUGCAUGUCUGGCGUUCUGCGUGCUGGAGAGCUCCCUAGCACAAAGCACCUCUUCAGGGGCCCAGGUAUCGUCCGCGACGUGCCCAUCAAGCCCAUCAAAGAAGACGAUCCUUAUUGGGACCCCGAAUGGCUUUCACUCAAUUCGUCGGAAUUCUCCAUCUCAAACUGGAGAGACAAACUGAAAGAUUCAUGGCGUCGUCAAAAGGCAACCGCCGGAACCGCCACCGCCGACGAAAAGGAAAAGUUCAGACUUGAACAACGGCAGUUCAGCUCAGCCAUCAGCGAGAUCAGACUGAUCAGAAAGUGUUUCCUCGAAGGAGUGACCAUUCACCCCAACCAGCUCAUAUCCAAGAAGUUCAUGCCCAAGCAGGGUCUGUGCAAGCGCUGGCUUCUGUAUUCAAUCUGCCUCAAGCUGACACGGCUGCUCGCCAUCCGCCACGACACCGCACCUGGUGCCAUCGGCCUCCACAUGUCACCGAUCGAUUUCAUCCGCUAG